CGUCAUCACUGCGCGCUCCCAAUCAAGAUGGCUUCCUAGUUUGGGAGACUGGCACAAGUGUUUGAUACGCAACAACAUUCGAGCCCACAUGUCUUGAGAGAAGUCGGCUUUCGCUUGUUUUCAACAUGAAGUCGGACGUGGAGGAGUUAAUGCCGAGGCUGCUGCCCGUUGAGUUCGGAGCCGCUUCAGAGGACCUGGACCCGAACGGACCGCCGAGAAACCCCCGAGAGUACCUGCGACAGGUCCAGCUGGAGGCGUCUCUGUGCCCGGAGGUGGUGGUUGCUCACAUCGACCCCAAGAAACUGAAGAAGAAGCAAACAAUUAAUGCCUCUGUGGCGGGCUGCCAUGCGGCUCCAGAGGGGUUCUCCCCCAGCCUCAGCUGGCAGCAGCAUCAAGUCGGUAACUUCUCAGAUGUCCGGCAGAGCAUCACAAAGAACCGGAAUCACUGGAGCAACCACACUCUGGAUGACAAUGUGCUGAUGCCAAAGCUCACGGAUGAGGAGGGCUGGAAGAGGUUCUGUUUAGGGGAGACGGUCUAUCUGGGCUCCUGCAAUACAGAUGGUGAACCAGAGGCGGCGCUGGACUACCGCAAGGUGGGCUUCCCGCCCUUCCUCACCAUUGUCAGCAGACUGAACCAGUCCACAGUGCUGAUGGUGAUGGAAGUCCUGAUUGGCUGGUUUGAGGAACACGAGUUUGCGCCGCAGUUGGGUCGCUGGCUGUACGCCCUGUUGGCCUGCUUGGAGAAGCCUCUGCUGCCCGAAGCCCACUCCUCCAUCCGACAGCUGGCCAGGAGAUGUGCUCAGCUCCGCAGCACACUGGACAGUCAAGGGGACGAGAAACUGCCUGCCCUCAACCUCCUCAUCUGUCUUGUUGCCAGGUACUUUGAGCAGAAUGACCUGGUGGACCAGCCGGAGUGAAAUGUUCAGACGUACAGGAGGAAUGUGUGGCAUCCUCUCAGUGAAACAUAUGGAGACUCCUAAAGCAGCGGAGAACUUUCCAACCACGAGGAUGCGAACUACGUUGAGAGUAUCGCUCAAAGACCGGGGUUAUCUCGUCGUACCAAGUCGUUUGGAUCUCCGCUGAUGUUACAGGACAACGACCAAAGCAUGAGAUAAUCAGUACUUGUAAAUUGAGUUCUGGGGUUUGUGGAUGCAAGUGUUUUUCUAUUAAACUAAAACAGACUACUUA